AUGGAAGGAUCCAGCGGGUCGAGUUUUGGAAUAGACACUAUUUUAUCCAGCGCCUCUAACUCUGGUAACCCCGUGCUCAUGAACGGAGAUUUCCGCCUCGGCGACAACAGGACGGCGGAUUUCAGGAGCCAGGCGACCCCUUCGCCAUGCUCGGAGAUAGACACGGUGGGGACGGCCCCCUCAUCCCCCAUCUCGGUCACCAUGGAGCAGGGCGACGCGCAUCUGGUGCAGGACGGCAGCCUCCAGCAUCACCACCUCCACCACCACAACCAGCCGCAGAGUCUGCCGCUGUCUCCCCAGCAGCAGCCGCUCGCCGGGGCCGGCUGCGCCCCGAGGACUGCCACCUCCUCGUUUCUAAUCAAAGACAUUCUGGGCGACAGCAAACCGCUGGCCGCCUGCGCACCUUACAGCACCAGUGUAUCCUCACCGCAUCACACGCCAAAACCAGAAAGUGCCACGGCUCCGGACGGCUUCAGGCCCAAGCUGGAACAGGACGAGAGAGGGGGCAAGUUGGACAAAAGGGACGACAUACACAGUGACAUGAAAUGCAACGGGACUAAAGAUGAAGACGACCGGGAAAUCUCCAGUAGCAGAGACAGUCCGCCGGUGCGCUCGAAAAAGCCUCGCAAAGCACGGACAGCCUUUACCGACCACCAGCUCAACCAGCUGGAGAGGAGCUUCGAGCGACAGAAAUACCUCAGCGUGCAGGACCGCAUGGACCUGGCCGCGGCUCUCAACCUGACAGACACACAAGUCAAGACCUGGUACCAAAACAGACGGACGAAGUGGAAGAGGCAGACGGCUGUGGGCCUGGAGCUGCUGGCUGAAGCAGGAAACUACUCGGCCUUACAGAGAAUGUUCCCGUCGCCCUAUUUCUACCACCCGAGCCUGCUGGGCACCGUGGACAGCACGACGGCGGCCGCUGCAGCCGCGGCCAUGUACAGCAGCAUGUACCGGACUCCUACCGCACCGCACCCAGGCCUCCAGAGACCUCUGGUCCCCAGGGUGCUUAUUCACGGCCUCGGGCCGGGGGGGCAACCGGCACUAAACCCCCUGUCUAACCCCAUGGUCGGCCCACCGCAUCAGCGGUGA